AUGCUACAUAAGCAGAUUUUAAUCCAGUCGCUUAAUCUGUUGAGUGGAAGUCGGAGAGGGAGCGAAAAUCUGUGGAAAAUCCACCUCUUCGAAGGAAUCCGAGCUAGGUUCGGCUUGAGAGCAGUGUCGGAAGUUGAUAAGCAAAAUCUACGCAGAACUCUCCUGCCUGUGCUCGAGUAUAUCGUUCGUCGAGUGGCGGAGAUGAUGGCGAUCCCAAUCACGGCUCUGUGCUUGACACGAGUGGCGGAUAAUCCAGAUUGUUACACGUUUGUUCUGGACGAUUUAUCGUCUUUUGGAGACUUUUACCGAGUGAAACACAACGUGUCGAUGCUCUAUUUCUCCAUGGCCUCGUUGCUGCUACUUCAAGCGACAGUCAAGCAAGCCACGUCAUACAAACAGCUAGUUGUAUCCGACGAUCCGAGUGGCUAUUGGUCGCUUUGUGACCGCCGAGGGACAUUAGAACCAGCAAAUCUGGGCUCUUAUUGUGAAUUUCGAGGGAAAUUUCGUCCUGGCUGCACUCUGGAAGGUGCAGGACCCAUCCUGAACGCAGAUUUGAAUCGCUCUCUGGUUCUUCGGAAGACCUCACGAAGUUGUGUUGAAUUCCCGUACGGCAAGCGUUUCUAUCCGGAUAAUGUGGACAGCUACGUGUCUUUAGAAACGUGGUGUCGUUGUGAUGGCCAUGAGAGUACCCGACGGGUUGUACUGACACUUGGACGCUUCUGUCUUAGUGUGUUGAAAGCCAAUGUAUGGGCGUUCAGUUUAAACGUCAAGAGUAUCGACAUCUCGGUGUUUGGAUCUCAAGUUAUCAUUGGAAAAUGGACCCAUCUAGUCGGGACAUAUGAUGGAACUAUACUGCGUUUCUAUGUGGAUGGAUUAUUGCAGAAUGAGGUGGAAGUGGCGAGCGUUGUCGACUUGGAAAUCCAGAAACGAGAAGCGAUGAUGGCAAAGAUGCGCAAAGAUAUCGCGGAUCUCGAGGACGACGCCAAAGGAGCGUGUUUCCGAGAGAUCGACCAAGAAACAAAGCUCUUGUUCGCCACUAAAGAAGGUCGAAAACAGGUCAAAAUGAUCAGCACGAAGCUGUUUGAAGAGCACGAAUUCCGAGUGAAGAAAGACGUUUCUAAAGUGUCCCGCGCUGACUUCGAACCCGUGGCUAAAAAGCAGAUUAUCCGCGAGAAAUUCGACGCCAAGUGGUUGGUGUUGGCUGCGGAUUUUAAGGAGAUGAGAGAGCGAGUGAAUGUAAAAAUCCAACGAGAACUGGAUGAACAAUCCAAUCAAGAAGCUCGUCAGCUGCGGAUCGGAUGUUUGUCCUCCAUGCGACGGAAAGAUGGGAAAUAUUUCUUCCACGGGAACAUCGCUCAUGUUGCGUACUAUAAUGGUAAAAUCUUGACUCGGGACCAAAUAAACGCCCACUACGUGAUCGGAACUCGAGAUCGCGCUCACGAAUCGGAUCAUCUAUUUGCUUUGGCGUCCAGUCGCUUCUCGCGAGCUCUUGAGUACGCUCCGGACGAUAAGCGGAUGUUGGAGAAAUUUGCGGAAAAUAUCUGCGCUUCACUUAAGUACGACUUGGAUCACCAACACGCACGGGAAAUCUACAAGAAGAAGGUCCGGUGCGGACUCAAACCCCUCCUGGCGACGGAAAACGCACACGGUAUUGCUGAAGUGAUGAAAAACCUGCCGCGAGAGCCCAUUUUCAGUGACUUGUUCUUGCUUUGCUAUCACAAUAUUCUGAAAAUCCAGCCAGAUUAUUUCCAAGCUGUCAAGUCACAGCAGUGUUGUUUGCCACUUCGAGAGCUUGCACGGAUGCCGUUUGCGUUCUUCUUGGGGUCACGGUCAGCUAAUUCCCUGGUAAACAUCAUGAGCUGUUUCUGUGAGAGAAUCACCGAUCGUUGUUUCCUCACAAUCGGUAAAUCCUGUCCUGGAUUAUCGGUAUUGGACGUCGAACUUUGUGUGCAACUUGGCAACAGCGCGUUGAAAUAUCUAGCGACGAUGCUGGUGAAUCCCAGUAAAUUGAGAAUAUUAAAUCUCGCGGGAUGUCGACGUAUUGGAGACGAAGGCUUGCUAGAAAUCCUGAACGUGUGUACCGGUUUACAAAAGGUUAACCUUCGUCUUUGCGACAGAAUGACAGAUGUUUCUAUCCGACGUCUAACACACAACUGCUUGGAGCUGGAUACUCUAAACGUGGAGGAGUUAACUGCAUUAUCUUAUAACAUCUUCGUAUUCGAUCAAGAAGGUGACGGUCGUGAUGUUGUGGAUAAAAAUCUGUUGCAGAAGAUGAAAGUGCUGGAUCUUACUGGCUGCGCGGGGUUAAACGAUUUGUCUCUGGGUCAAUUGGGUCAUCGAGCUAAAACGUUAGAGUAUCUGAAUAUUUCAGCAUGUACCGAGUUAACCGAUCAAGGACUGUCAUGGCUUCUGGAUGAUAUGUUAAACCACUCACUUGGAGGCACAUAUCUGCGGCAUCUAGAUGUCAGUUAUUGUCCAAACUUAACAGCUAGCGGGAUCCACAACGUGGUGCUGCGUUGUCCAUCUCUCGUGUCACUUAGCUUGUCCGGCUGUACACAUUUGAGUGACGAUAAUAUCAUUGAUAUCGUCAACUCCUGCGCGAAAAUUGUCAAGUUAGAAUUGGCGUUUUGUCGUGAGUUAACGGACAGUGUGCUGCACGCUAUCGCUAAGCAUUUGAGUCUGGAAAAACUUAACUUGUCGAGAUGUGUUCGAAUAACCGACGACGGGAUGCUCGAAAUCGCAGCACAGUCUUCCGUUCUUCGACGUUUAAAUGUGUCUGCGUGUAAGAAACUGAGUGAACGAACGUUGAUUGCCUUGUUGGAAGGGUGUCGACUGCUGGAGGAGCUGGACGUCACGCAUUGUCCCCUUUUCUCGCCGGAGACGCUAGCGAGAUUUGUCAAGAGAAAAGUGAACGUCACGUGUCGAAAACUUGAACAAGUUUUGGUCACCACUGCGCUAGAAGCGAUUGAGUCCAAGGAGCAGCACGAACGACAAGAAGCAGAGAAGCAGCAGCAAAAUGAAAUCAGUGUCGAUGCGUUGAACUACAUGACGCCAGAACGUCGAGCCAAAUAUGUGAAGACGCUUCUUGCUGCCAAACCUGGAGUCAAAGCAGUGGUAUCUGAAGGGCAAAAGUCAUCGAACAACUUGCCACCGAUCGUGAGAAGCGAGCAUGAAGAUUAG